ACAGCUGCAGCCUGCCCUGAAGAAGGCUCAGGCUGCCAGUGGUGGUGAGGAUAAUGGAGUGUGUCCCACAGCAACGUGGCCUUCUGCCUCCCAGUGUGGUGUCUGAGCAUGGUCAGGGGACCAGAGGGGCUGAGCCCCAGGCAGGAUGUGCCACAGAGGAAGAACCAGGGGCUGGUGGGCACUGUCUCCCAUCAGGAAACUGACUCAAGGAAGAGGAGAAGACGAGGGUGAUGUGAGGUGAGGCUGGCAGCAGGAGUGGAAAUAUUGGGUUGAAUCUCCAGCCCUGGUUCUCUUGGAUGCCUUGUCCUACUCAGCACCAGCUCCGGGACUGUAGCCAAGGUGGUGCGUCCUGUCUACCCCGAGCAUCUGCUGCGUGGCAGGACGGAGCACCAAGCCCUUCUGGCUGCCUUGUUCUGCCGAUGCCUGUGAACAGCACUGUGAGGCCAGCAGGGACUGUCCUUGGGGUGGCAGAGGGCAGCUGUGGCUGCCCAGCCUGGGCACUGUGGCUUGGAAGCACUGAUAGUGGGCACUGCCCUCGGCUGCUGCCAGGUGCAGGUUCAGGGUCAUUCUGUCCUUGAGGGAAAUUCUUGGAAGCUGCACCUCAGUUUAUCUGUGAAUUGGAAGCAGAGACAAAGGCUGGAUGAUCCUGUGGCAGUGCAAUACUGGGAAUUAAUUGGCUCAGAGCUGUUCUGAGGUGCAAACUAAGAGCUGAUUGUUCACAGCGCUAUGGGGCCUGAUUCUCAUCCUGAACUGCAUCUCCAUGCCUGCCAAAGUUUUUCUACUGCUACACAGAAGGAUGUGUUUUCAGCAAAGGCUUCCAUGAGGAGGACUGAAAAAAAUUAAAUAAAAAGUAACUACAAGCUUGGAAUGGUGCUGCCAGGGAGAAUGUUUACAAGGAAACAGCCUGAUAAACAAGGAAAAUCGGUGAGUUAUAAAGAGGUGAAAUUGUACAGUGUGGCAACAAUUCCCAGUUUGUCAGAGCCUUGCAGUGGUCACAGCCACCUCAGGCAGACUGAGGGAUCUCCGUUUUUACAGGCAGCCUCAGGAAGCCAGGCUGGACUGAAAAAGUAACGGAAUUAUGUGGAACUUGUCUGAGUCACUGACCCUACAUCUCCACAAGUUCUUUCAGGGCACUGCCGUGAAGGAGGACAGAAGAGGCUGCAGCUGAGAGAUCUGCCCUUUCUGGUCACCAAGGGUUUCAGAUCUCCUCCCCUAGCCUCUCCCAGUCUUUUGUGCUUUCUGUGCUAAUCCAUCCAGUGCAGCAUACACUAACAGAGGCAGGAGCUGGAAAGCCUGCUCUGAAAGCCUCUGAAUGCUGCUGGACCAGCCACAAGCAUGAACCUGAAAACAGUGCUCAUCCUCCUUGGUCUGGCAUUAGCCACAAUAUUCGCUUUGGUUUGCGUGUUGCUGACCAGAGAAAGGACGCCCAGAACGUGCCAGCACCUGCCCCUGGAGCAGGAGGACGUCGAGGAUGGCCAGAGCCUGGUCUUUGCUGACCUGACACCCGAGGAGAUGUCACAAGUGGUGCGGUACCUGCAGGGACACCUCGGGGUGCCGCUGGUUGACGCCUCGCGUGCCAAACCCUCGGACAACUGCAUCGCCUCCGUGGAUCUGCAGGUGCCCGCCAAGGCAGAGGUGCUGCGGUUCCUGGACGCAGGGGGGGCUCGUCCCCCCCGAGAGGCUCUGGCUGUGCUGUACUUUGGGAACCAGGCAGAGCCCAACAUCACCGAGUACGUGGUGGGGCCGCUGCCGACGCCCGCGUACCACCGAGAUGUGACAGUGCAGAGGUACGGGGGGAAGGUGCCGUACCACCGCAGACCCACGCUGGGCAGUGAGUACGAGCAGCUGAGAGUGUUCCUAAAGAAAAAAGCAUUCACCGCAGCACCAACCUUCAUGCAACAAGUAAUGGAAUACGACAGAACCAAUCUGGCAGUCCAGACAACAGCCCCCCAUGGAUUCCAGUCUGGAGAUCGGGUCACCUGGUUUGUGCUGUUUCAGAACGUGAGUGGAUUCUUUGUGCACCCGGUGGGGCUGGAAGUGCUGGUGGACCACAGCAGCCUGGACAUCUCACGGUGGGCAGUGAGCAGGGUCUUCUACAACGGGCAGUACUACAGGGACAUGGCUCAGCUGGAGAGUGCCUACGUGCAGGGUCGGAUCAGCGUGGAGAAGGUGAGGAAGGUGCCGUGGGAUGGGGACUUCUCAUCCAUGAAACCCCGAGCUCCUCCGGCUGCGCUGUUCCCUGUGCUGUUUGAGCCGCAGGGUCCCCGCUACAGCGUCAGGAAGAACCACGUGCUGUUCCAGGCCUGGAGCUUUGCCUUUGGGAUGAGCGUGAGCACAGGCCUGCGGCUGUUUGACAUCCGACACAAGGGGGAGAGGGUUGCCUAUGAGCUGAGUGUGCAGGAGGCGCUGUCAGUGUACGGCUCCAACUGCCCGGGAGGGAUGUCCACGCGCUACAUGGACGGCAGCUUUGGCCUGGGCCGCUACACCUCCCCCCUGGUGCCGGGGGUCGACUGCCCCUACCUGGCCACCUACGUGGACACCCACGCUCUGUCUGACAGCCUGAGGCCCAAGAAGAGGAAGGCUUCGCUCUGCAUCUUUGAGCAGAACCUGGGCUCCCCUCUGCGGCGCCACUACUCCAACUUGCAGUCGCUCUACUACGGGGGGCUGGUGAACUCUGCUCUGGUCAUUCGGUCCAUUGCCACCGUGGGCAACUAUGACUAUGUGUGGGACUUCAUCUUCUACCAGAGCGGGGCCAUUGAGGGCAAGGUGCAGGCCACGGGGUACCCAAGCUCAUCCUUUCUCCAUGGGGAUGGCCUGAGAUAUGGCAAUAGGCUUUGGGAGCACACCUUGGGUACCAUACACACCAAUUUUGUCAACUAUAAGGUGGACUUGGACGUGGGAGGGGUGAAAAACUCCCUAGUGGCCCAUGACAUGGCAUUUGAGAUGACACGGGCUCCCUGGAGCCCAGAGCAGCAGAUAGAGCGGCCACGACUCACCAAGAAAGUCCUGGACACGGAAGACCAGGCUGCUUUCCGACUCCAGUCCAAGAUGCCCAGAUACAUCUACUUUGCAGCCAACAGCAAAAACAAGUGGGGCCACCAGCGCGGCUACAGGAUCCAGAUCACCAGUUUUGCAGGGGACCACAUCCCCGAAGCCAGUUCCAUGGAGAGGGCCAUCAGCUGGGCAAGGUACCAGCUGGCUGUCACCCGGAGGAAGGAGGAGGAGCCCACCAGCACCAGCAUCUACAACCAGAAUGACCCCUGGACCCCCACUGUCACCUUUGCUGACUUCAUCAACAAUGAGACCAUCACCAACGAGGACCUGGUUGCCUGGAUAACUGCUGGCUUCCUUCACAUUCCACACUCUGAGGAUAUUCCCAACACUGUGACCGUGGGAAACUCGGUUGGUUUUCUCCUGAGACCCUACAACUACUAUGACCUGGACCCCUCUAUAUACUCCCAUGAUGGUGUGUUUUUCACCAGUGAGCAGGACUUUACAGCAUGUGAAAUCAACCCUCUUGCCUGCUUGCCCAAAACUGCCUCUUGUUUGCCAAACUUUCCCCCAUUCACCUAUGAUGGUUUUCGAAAUAUGAGCAGGCUUUAA